AUGUCCGAUAACGAGUCUGACAACUUUUCAAUGUCGCAGGAUGACAGCGACGGCUUCGAGCCAGACGCCCCCAAAAUGGCAGCCAAGUCAAAGGCCGCCUCUAAAAAGAGCGCUGGCGCUACCAGCAAACCAAAGACUGCAAAGACGACAGCUGCAAAGCCUGCAGCAGCCUCUAAAAAGCGUAAGCUCGACAGUCCAUCUGACCGCGACGAUGAUGAUACUCCUCCACCGCCACCAAAAUCCUCCAAAAAGCACACCGACUACAACGAGAACAAAACCAUCGAGGAGAUCUACCAGCGCAAGACCCCUCUCGAGCACAUUCUCUUGCGUCCUGACACCUACAUUGGUACAACAGAGAUGAACCAGCAGUCUCUUUGGGUUCUCGAUCCAGACUCGACAAAGUUUGUAAACCGCCCUGUCAGUGUUGUUCCUGGUCUCUAUAAGAUUGUGGACGAGAUUCUUGUCAACGCAGCAGAUAACAAGAUCCGUGACUCUACAAUGGACACGAUCAAGAUCGAGAUCGACAAGGAGAACGGAAUGAUCUCGGUUUACAACAACGGCAAAGGAAUCCCAGUCGAGAUGCACAAGGCGGAGAACUGUUACGUUCCCGAGCUUAUUUUCGGUCACCUUUUGACGUCGUCCAACUACGACGACUCGCAAAAGAAGGUCACAGGAGGACGUAACGGAUACGGAGCCAAGCUUUGCAACAUCUUCAGUACAGAGUUCAUUGUCGAGACCGCAGACAAGAGCAACAACCUUACCUACAAGCAGGUCUUCACAAAGAACAUGUCGGUCACAGGAAAGCCAAAGAUCGCGCAGAUGAAGAAGAAGGAGGAGUUCACCAAGAUCUCGUUCAAGCCCGACUUUGCCAGGUUCAAUAUGAACUCCAUCGACGACGAUCUGGAAGCCCUCCUCAAGAAGCGCGCGUACGAUUUGGCUGGAUGUGUCAAAGGCAUCAAGGUUUUCCUCAACGGCGAGCGGAUCAAGAUCAGGAACUUCAAGGAUUAUGUCGAGAUGUACAUUCCAGAGGCAUCCGAAAGCGAUGACAAGGUCAAGCUGAUAUACGAUACUCCUCACGAUCGGUGGGAGGUUGCUUGCAUUCCGAGUGAGGGUCAGUUCCAGCAUGUCAGUUUCGUGAAUGGUAUCUGCACGUCCAAAGGAGGAGUCCACGUGGAUUACGUCUCCAACAUGAUCGUCAAGGAGCUCGUCGAUGUCGUCAAGAAGAAGUCAAAGUCUACCAACGUCAAGCCCUUUCACAUCAAGAGUCACAUGUGGGUGUUUGUGAACUGUCUGAUCGAGAACCCGGCCUUCGACUCCCAAACCAAGGAGACUAUGACCCUCAAGCAAUCCGCUUUCGGCUCCAAGUUCGACCUGAGUGAAAAGUUCAUCAAAGAUGUCAUCAAGUCGCCCAUUGUCGAGGGUGUCAUCAAUUGGGCUGCUGUCAAGGACACCUUGGCUCUCAAGAAGACGGAUGGAUCUUCGAGCCGAAAACGCCUCGCAAUCAACAAGCUGGAGGAUGCUCACAGGGCCGGUCGAUAUGGCAAGGACUGUACCCUCAUUCUGACAGAGGGAGACUCGGCCAAGACGCUGGUCAUGGCUGGAUUCAGUGUCAUUGGACGUGACAACUUUGGUGUCUUCCCUCUCCGUGGAAAACUGCUGAACGUCCGUGAUAUGGCCUCAAGUGCCGUCGCCACCAACGCCGAGAUCUCCAACAUCAAGCAGAUUCUUGGACUCAAGCAGGGCAUGGUGUACAACAGCGCGCAGGAUCUUCGAUACGGCCAUCUCAUGAUCAUGACGGAUCAGGAUCAUGACGGAUCCCAUAUCAAGGGUCUUGUCAUCAACUUUCUCGAGCAUUACUUCCCUUCCCUCCUCAAGAUCCCCGGUUUCUUGGUCGAGUUCAUUACUCCCAUCAUCAAGGCUACCAAGGGAAGAGAAAAGAAGGCCUUCUAUACGCUCCCGGAGUUUGAGGCUUGGAAGGAGUCGGAGGAUGGUGCACGAGGCUGGAGGAUCAAGUACUAUAAGGGUCUGGGAACAUCCACAAAGGAGGACGCCAAGGACUACUUUUCUCAGAUGGACAAGCAUAAGAAGGAGUUCUCUCCCAUCACCGACGACGCACGAGCCCUGGUCGACAUGGCGUUCAACAAGAAGAAGGCAGACGAGCGCAAGGAAUGGCUGGCCAACUUUGAGCCUGGAACUUUCCUCGACACGCGCAUCUCCAAGAUUCCGAUUGAGGACUUUAUCAACAAAGAGCUAAUUCUGUUCUCGCUCGCUGACAACGUCCGUUCGAUUCCUUCUAUGGUCGAUGGUCUCAAGCCUGGUCAAAGAAAGGUCAUCUUUGGAGCCUUCAAGAAAAAGAUGGUCAACGAAUUGAAGGUCGCUCAAUUGGCAGGAUAUGUGUCGGAAAAGUCUGCGUACCAUCAUGGUGAGCAGAGUUUGACCAUGACGAUUGUCGGUUUGGCACAGGAUUACGUCGGAAGCAACAACGUCAACCUGUUGAUGCCCAACGGACAGUUCGGUAGUAGAAUGCAAGGAGGCAAGGAUGCUGCCAGCGCUCGUUAUAUUUUCACCGCCCUUUCGCCUAUCACCCGACGCGUUUUCCACCCUCACGAUGACCCUCUUCUCAAUUAUCUCAACGAUGAUGGUGAUUCGAUCGAACCUCAAUGGUACAUCCCUGUGCUGCCCAUGGUUCUGGUCAACGGAUCUGAGGGUAUCGGUACUGGCUGGAGUUCAAGCAUUCCCAACUACAACCCCGAGGAUAUCAUUGCCAACAUCCGUCGCCUGAUGAAUGGGGAGGAGCAGGUCCCCCUAGUCCCUUGGUACCGUGGCUUUGUCGGAACCAUCGAAAAGGAGAAAGAGCACCGCUACAGGGUGUCAGGAGCGUGUCACGAGUUGGACGACACGACUGUACAAAUUACGGAGCUUCCUAUCAAGACCUGGACCACUCCCUACAAGGAGCAGAUCGACACCUGGAUUGCUGGAAACGACAAGGCGCCGGCAUGGAUCAAGGACUAUCGCGAUGAUGGAACGUUGUCAAGGAUCGAUCUGACCAUCACCUUAACUGAGGAUCAAAUGCGCCGUGCCCGCCAAGAAGGCCUCGAGUCCAAGCUCAAGUUGACAACCACGGUGGCAACGUCGAACAUGGUCUGCUUUGAUCCCGAGGGCCGUAUCAAGAAAUACAACAGCACGGAGGAGAUUGUUCAGGAGUUUUUUGACCUUCGUCUGCAGUUCUACAGACGCCGCAAGGACUACCUCAUCGAUGUGUACACCAAGCAGUGGACGCGUCUUGAUAACAAGGUCCGGUUUAUUCUCAUGAUCAUCUCGGGAGAACUCGUUGUCCAGAACCGCAAGAAGGCCAUUAUUGUCGAGGACAUGCACACCAAGAACUUCGUCACCGUUGGCGAGUUGGAUUUGGAGAUCGACGUCGGGGAGGUUCCUGAUGAUGCUGUGAAGGUCAAGGUGGAGAGGGGAAACGAGUAUGACUACUUGCUGAAGAUGCCUAUUUGGAACAUGACUCACGAGAAGGUCGAAGAGUUGAAGAGGGAGCGUGAUGCCAAGAACUCGGAGCUCAGGAUUUUGAUUGACAAGUCCGCUCACGAUCUGUGGAACGAGGACCUGGAAGACUUCCUGGUUGCGUGGAACGAGCUCCUUCAGCGGGAUAUCGAUGAGGCGAACUACAUGGGCAGUGGAAACAAGAAGAAGGCGGGGGCGGCGAGUGCACGCGGCAGGAUUCUUGCCAACAAGGUCGUGGUCAAGAAGAUUAAGGAUGAAGAUGACUUUGAGGAUACCAAGCCUCAACGGGCGGCACCCGUCAAGAAGGCGGCACCGGUAGUGAAGAAGGAGUCAGCGGCACCACGAGUCAAGUCUGAGAUCAAGGAGGAGCCCAAGAUCUCCAGCUUCUUCACCAAACCCUCGGCUUCAUCCACCACAGCAGCAGCCCCAGCAUCGACGUCGUCGGCACCCAAGAAGCAGCAGUCCAUUAUGGAUAUGAUGAAGAAGAAGGAAAGCGACAUCUCUUCGACGUCGUCAUCGUUGAACGGAACAAGCAAGCCGUCAUCAAGCAAGGAGACAAAGGCGAGUAACGGUCGCUCCAAGAAGAUCAUUACGGAUUCUGACGAGGACGACGAGGAUAUCUUUGUUGCACCCCGUGGUGGAAAGAGGGGCAAGGGAAGUGAUGAUGAUGACGACGAUGUGGAGAUGGAGGAUUUGGAGGUUGCCCCGAGAGAGCGUUCGACUCGGGCCCCGCGUGCCGCUCGGGCCAAGAGGACCGUCAUUGUUGACGAAUACUCCUCGGCGGAAGACUCGGAUGAUCUUUUGCCAGUUGUCUCCAAGAAACCCAGCCGGAGCAUUUCGUCCAGCCGCAAGCUUUCCAAGAGCUUCGAACCCGAGGAAGCGUACAAGGCUGAGGCGUCUGCAAAGUCUGAUUUGAACGGUCUGGAUGAAGACGACGAUGAGCCAGUCAAGAGCAAGGCCAAGAGCAAUGCUAAGGGCAAGUCAUCGUCAACCUACAAGUCCAAGACUAGGACCAUUAUGUCGGAUUCUGAGGAUGGCGUCGAUGAGGAUAUCUUUGCAGAAUCUAUGAUUGUGGAUAAUGACGAUGAUGAUGAGGACGACUAUGAGCCUGAGGUCCAGAAGAAGAAGAAGGCUGCACCUGCCAAGGCACCCAAGCCCGAGAAGGCCAAUCGGUCAGAAGAUGUAGCCGCGAGUCUGACCGCGGCUGCCUCGGCGGCCAAGAAGAUGUUUUCGUUGUCGGCGGGAGGCGACGAGGAUGUCUCGAUGGACGAGGUUAAUGGAGAUGGGGAUGAUGAUGAGGACGAGGACGACUAUUCGCCAUCCAAGGGCAAGAAGCUGGUUCACGGAUAUGCUGGCAAGGCGUUCCCUCCUGUGCUGGUGGACGAUGCGGACGAGGAUCUGAUGUUCAACAUCACGGCGCCGUCUAAGGUCACGCAGGCCAAGAAGCGGGGGCCGGCUACCACUGGCCGAUCGAGCAAGUCUGGAAGUCUGGCCACUGAAGACGGGGAGGGAGGUCUGGAGCAGCACCAUUCAGCCGCGGCGUCUCCUGGCGCGAGCACGAUAAAGACAUCCUCUUCUGCAGCUGCUGCGGCGGCGAACCUGAAGAAGUACGGCAGUGGGGGAGGAAGUGGUGAUGGCAGCAGCGGAGGUGGUGGUGGUGGAAGUUUGGGCAAUGGACUUAAGCAGUCAUCGUCGUCGAGUUCGUUGAUAUCGACAUCUGCAACCUCUGCGACGUCGACGGGAGCAGUGGCGGGCAAAAAGAUCCUGGACUCGCUGUCGUCCAAGCAACCGAGCAAGGUGCUGUCGUCGAUAGGAAGUAAUCUGUUCACGGAUCUGGACGAUGUCUCGCUGUUGGUCUCGCGCACUGCCCGUGAGCGUGCUACGGUCAAAAAGCCCAAGUAUAUCGACAUUAGCGACGAAGACGACUAA